GGGUAGUAUACUACUUUUACGUCGGUUGUAUAGUGUUUACAGGCGUGCUUAGCUUUAUGCCAUCUGUACAUAAGUAUUUGGAGCCAUCUUUAAAAAAUUGCGUCAAGCCACGCGGUGCUUGGUUCUAUACGUGCACCCGCCUACACUAUGUCGUUUUUGAGCACUUUUACGGUUUCACUAGUCCAGCUUCAGUUACCUAAAAGGUUUCUCUUAACGUCGUCUUUCCGCCUACUCCUGUAAUCUUUUUUCUCUAAAAAGUCACUCUGUGUGAAGUUGGUGUAGAGAGAGGAUCUUUGAAGAGUAAUGGCGGAUCCAUCAUUACAGUCACUGUGUUGUUUAACCACAAGCAAUCGGUCACAACAAUAUCAAUUGCUGGAGUUGCAUCAGUCUGCCUACUAUGGAUUAAGUUUAGCCUCAGCAAUAGUGGGAUUUCUCGGUGCUGUAUACCAGUUAAAUCUGCGUUAUGCUGCUCCAUUUCCACGAUAUCAGUACUUUAACGUGGGUUUACGUGGAAAUAAUAUAUUAUUUUGGCUGGCACUAGCCGAUACGUUUGCAGCAUUUGGACUAACCGUUAGAUCGACUGGCUGGUUUCUUUCACAAAACUACUGGUCUGUGCAUUCCAGCAACUUGCCGCAUUCACCCAUGAAUCCCUUAUUUUGCGCUAUUAUUUCGGGGUGGAUUCAAUUCUCCUAUACGAGUUCCCAUUUAUGGACUUUGGUUUAUGCAAUCGAUGUUAGACGGAUAACAUUUGAUCAGCCAUUUGCAGCGCCAGUUUACCACGUAUGUGCUUGGGGUGGAGCGGUUGCACUCUGCACUACAGGAUUGACAUUACUUUACCUCCCUGGACAUGAUUCCGACGCUUUCAUCAUGUUAUUACCGAAUCAUGUAACCACGUAUUUUCCACUUGUUUUGACCUGUCUGGCAUGUCCUUUCCUCUUUAUGUCAGCUUUCCGUCAAGCUGAAAUCUCAUUAACGAGACGCUACGCAAGAUAUACAACCACAGAGAGACGUCUUGUAGAUUCGCUUAAAGUCAAAUUUAUCUUGAUAGUAUCCGUUUUCUACCUUUGCUGGAUGCCAAAUAUAGUUAAUGGCCUGGUCCUUUGGAUUUCCUGGAACAAACUACCAGUGACGUGGGUGUUGGCCAAUUGGUACUUAAUGGCAUUGUUAAACCCGCUUCAAGGCGUGUUCAAUAUAAUGCUUUAUCGGAUACCAAAGCGACGCCAACCUAGAUCUCAACUUCAAGGAUGGUUUGCUUCUUUACAAAUAAGGAAGAUAGAACCGCAAGAGGAAACUCCACUUUUAUUAUGAAUGAAAAAGAGCUAAACGCGUUGCAUAUGAAAUCAUAGAGCCGAGUAAAAAUAAGAUUUGAAUUGUUAAUGGUUCUACCAAGGGGUAGCGUUGGCCAAUCGUCGCAUUCGCCUGCACACACACACACAAUCGAAGAUGAAGAAAGUAUCCCCCAUGAAAAUAUAUUUUUUUUAUUCACGUACCUUGUAUUACGAUCUUGAUCGCGGAUCUUCUUCUCCAUCUCAGCAUCCGUCAGUGUUUCAAUGAAUGGAGACCACUGUUCGGCUUCAGCUUGCGGGCGGAAUGGCAAUUCCACAGAAGAGAGCGGAGCUUCACUGUUGGUAUAUCGGAUGUAGAAAAACAAUUGUUUUAAAAAAAGUGAGAGGAUUUGUACAAUAAAAUGUUAAAAACCUGAAAGCGUAUGUUCUUUGGUGCCAAGAAAGCUGACCACGAACACUGUAUGCGAUUGCAGUUACGAAUU